AUGGCGCCACCCAACCAACUGGGCAAACGCGUCAAGCUCACACAGGUCCGCCGUCCCUUCAUCAUCGGCAGCACCGCCGUCCCCUUCUCCGACGCGAACCCCAAGCCCCCGGGGGUCGCCGAAAACCACACACACUCCUGGCAGGUCUUUGUCAAGGGUGUUGAGGACACAGACAUCACCUACUGGCUGCGCCGGGUGCAGUUCAAACUCCACGAGUCCGUGCCGAACCACGUCCGCAUGGUCGACGGGGAGCCGGGGAAACCAUUUCUCGUGACGGACACGGGAUGGGGCGAAUUCGACGUCAACGUCAAGCUCUACUACGUCAACGAGAGCGGCGAGAAACCACAGACGACGUACCACUACCUGCGCCUCCAUCCGUACGGUAGGACCGAGGAGGAGAAGCAGGCCAUGAUCACAGAGCACGGCGAGGUGCGCUCGUGGGCCUACGAGGAACAGCUGUUCAACGAACCCUUUGACGCCUUCUAUCGCAUUCUCACGGCCGGCGCCGUCCCCAAAGGCUGGAAACCGGCGGGCGGCAAGGGCAAGGGCAAGGGGCGGGCGGCCGCGCAACCGCCGCCCCUGCCCGACCCCGAGAGCGGCGAGGUCUGGGAUCGGACGGCCAUGAUCCCCGCCAGCAACAGGCCCGGGCAGCCGUUUAGCCGUGAGACAGAAGCCGCCGAGGUCAAGAAGCUGAAGGAGGCCCAGGCGGUGGCGGAGGAGUGGACGCAGAAAACACUGGCCGAGCUCAAGGCCAAGGAGGAGGAGUUGGCACGUCUCAAGAGCGAGAAUGGCUCGGCGGCGACAGCGACAGGGAAAGCUGCCUCUUAG